AUGCAAAUGAAUUUGAGGCAACAAUUGGCGCUGCUACUGAUGCUGGGCAUGGCUUUGCAGCUAACGCAGGCCUGGCUGCUGAAGCUGCCCAAGCUGGAGGAGCUGGCCGAGAAGCAAAAGGCGGAGCUCAAAAAGCUGGACUUUCUCAAUUUGUUUGGCGACAAGUCGGAGAAAAAGGAAGCGAGCGACUUUGAGAAGUUCAAACAAUGGUUCGAGGACAAGAAACUCAAAGAGCUCAAUUUCUUUGAGGACAAAAAGGAGAAGCAACUCGACAAGCUCGAGGACAAGCUCAGCAAGAAGAGCAAGAAGCUAAAGAAGCAGCACAAAACACAAGCCACAGACGAUUGCGACGAUGAGGAAUAUGCAACAGCUGCUAGUUAUGAGCCCAAGCCCAAGCCCAAGCCCAAGCUCUAUGCAGUGUCUGAAGAGCAGGAAGAGGAGGAGGAGUCGUACGAGCAGGAGCAGAAGCAAUCCUGCGGCUGCAAGGACUCCUCCACCAAACACAAGUACAGCCAAGUGCCCACAGCCUACGAUUUGCGUGAGCAAUACGAAGGCGAAAGCGCCGAUGGCUACAAGUAUUUUACAUAA